GAUAUGAAUCUCCCCUUGUUUCCAAAUUUGAUACGCUACUGGUACGCAAGUGCGAAAGUGAGAACGACACUACUGGGGUAAUUGGGUCCAUCGUUGAAAAAUGGCUUUACUCGCGAGAAACGUCUGCAAAGUAUUUUCGCAGACUACCCAAAAGGGAGCUAUUAGGGCAUUACAUGUAGGAGCAGUACGACAACAAGACACAGCAAUUGAACAAGAAGGAAAGAUAAAAUGUACCCUUAUACCAGGAGAUGGUGUUGGACCAGAGCUAGUGGUUUCAGUUCAGAGUGUAUUUAAAGCAGCCAAUAUACCGGUUGAAUUUGAACCAUAUUUUCUUUCUGAAGUAAACCCAACUUUAAGUGCACCACUUGAACAAGUAUCCAAUAGCAUUGCAAGAAACCGAGUAUGCUUGAAGGGAAUUCUAGCAACACCAGACCACUCCAUGACUGGAGAGCUCCAAACAUUGAACAUGAAAUUACGUAAAAGUUUAGACUUAUACUCCAAUGUAGUACAUGUAAAAUCUUUGCCUGGAGUUAAAUGUCGUCAUAAGAAUGUGGACUGUAUUAUCAUUAGAGAACAAACAGAAGGAGAAUAUUCUGCAUUAGAGCAUGAGUCUGUAAAGGGAGUGGUAGAAUGUUUGAAAAUAGUGACUGCGACUAAAAGUCAAAGAAUUGCAAAGUUUGCAUUUGAUUAUGCUGUCAAGCAUAAUCGUAAGAAGGUUACAUGUGUUCACAAAGCCAAUAUCAUGAAACUUGGUGAUGGUCUCUUCUUAAAGUCGUGCCAAGAAAUAGCCAAACUGUAUCCUAGGGUUACAUUUGAAACAAUGAUUGUUGAUAACUGUACAAUGCAGAUGGUGUCCAAUCCACACCAAUUUGAUGUAAUGGUAUUACCAAACUUGUAUGGUAAUAUUGUUGAUAAUCUUGCAUCUGGACUGGUUGGUGGUGCUGGUGUAGUCGCAGGUGCCAGUUAUAGUCCUGAGUGUGUUGUCUUUGAACCGGGUGCAAGGCACACGUAUUCGGAGGCUGUUGGCAAAAAUGUUGCAAACCCCACUGCUAUGCUUUUGUGCGCUGUAAAACUUCUGCGUCACGUUAAUUUGAAACGUUAUGCUGAACAAAUUAAGGACGCGUUGAACCAUGUCUUGAACGACGGAAAAGUAUUGACAAAAGAUCUAGGCGGACAAAGUUCUACAACAGACUUCACGAACGCUGUAAUACAUCAUCUUCGUUAAGUAAUUACUGUUGUAUGGUCUCUGUUAAUAUUAAAGAGACUUAUGUAACAUAGAAUGUUAUAGAAUAGGCACACUGUGCUCCUCACACGUUAUCGAAAACAGUUGAAAUGAUCAUUCGAAUUGUACAGUAUUAUUUCAACGCAGACUGUACCUAACUUAUCUGUUUUAAAUCAACGUUAUGAUGAUAGAAUUCUAUUUAAGACGAUUAUAUUCUGUGAAUAGAAUUGUGUAUUCAAUCUUCUGUGACGUCUUAUUUAUAACUGA